AUGACUAGAAAGAAGGUUAAGCUUGCAUACAUUACUAAUGAUUCUGCAAGAAAAGCAACCUUCAAGAAAAGGAAGAAGGGUCUAAUGAAGAAGGUAAGUGAGCUAAGCACCCUUUGUGGGAUUGAAGCUUGUGCGAUAAUUUGUAGCCCAUAUGACACUCAACCUGAGGUUUGGCCCUCUCCUCUCGGGGUCCAGCGUGUGCUAAGCCAGUUCCAGAGAUUGCCUGAGAUGGAACAAUGCAAGAAGAUGGUGAAUCAGGAAAGUUUCCUUAGGCAAAGAAUCACAAAAGCCAAUGAGCAUCUCAAGAAACAGCGAAAGGACAACCGUGAGAAGGAAGUGACGCAUGCCAUGUUCCAGUGCUUGACUGGGAAGAGCUUGCAAAACCUGAACCUGAUGGAUUUGAAUGAUCUGGGAUGGAUGGUUGACCGAAACUUGAAGGAAAUUAGCAAGAGGUCUGACUCACUUAAGAAUGUGACCAAUUCCCAAAUGGCAGCAGGACCUAGUGGAGAGCAUCCAUCACAGAGGGCAGAAGUGCCGGUUUUUGAGGUGAACAAUGAUAACAUGCAUAGGCAGCAGUGGUUCAUGGAUUUGCUGACCCCACAAGAGCCUCUGGGAUUUGGUGGGUCGGAUGAGAUGAUGCUGCCAUUCGUGGAUAACAACCAAAAUCCUCCUUGGUCUAAUACCUUUUUCCCUUGA